AUCGGCAGUGACGUGGUCCCUAGUGUUUCCGGGCAACUUCGCAGUGAAGGGACUGUAUACCUCUAGCGAAUUGUUUUUCAGCACUAAACAACGAUACAGACGUUGGCUACAGUUGGUUUGCCAGCCACGAGGGGGACAUUGACUAUUUAGUCAUUCAUAUUUUCGAAGUGCGAAGACCUAACAUAAUAAAAUGGCUGACCAACUGACUGAGGAGCAGAUUGCUGAGUUCAAGGAGGCCUUCUCACUGUUCGACAAGGACGGCGAUGGCACCAUCACCACCAAGGAGCUGGGCACUGUCAUGCGCUCUCUGGGACAGAACCCUACUGAGGCAGAGCUACAGGACAUGAUCAACGAGGUGGACGCCGAUGGUAACGGGACAAUCGACUUCCCAGAGUUCCUGACAAUGAUGGCAAGGAAGAUGAAGGACACAGACAGCGAGGAGGAGAUCAGAGAAGCCUUCAGAGUCUUUGAUAAGGAUGGGAACGGCUACAUCAGCGCGGCAGAGCUGCGGCACGUCAUGACCAACCUCGGGGAGAAGCUCACAGACGAGGAGGUGGACGAGAUGAUCCGUGAGGCCGACAUUGACGGAGACGGACAGGUCAACUAUGAAGAGUUUGUGCAGAUGAUGACAGCCAAGUGAAGUAGACUGUGCUCUCACACAUUUCUCUCUUACAUUGCUUGUCCUCCUAAGAUCACUCUGUCUUUAAGAAAACAAAACAAUAAUCAAGCCAAAAUGUCAAACUCAAAAAAUGAUUCUAUGUACAAAAUUAUUUAAUAAAAGAAAAAUCCAAGUACUUCUAGGGUAUCUGUUUUAAGAGCAACUGCAGAUGAAUCCCUAACAGAAGUUAAUGGACCAAGCUUUAACGAGGCAUGAGGCCCUUACUCCAGAGUAAGAUCCUUGGGAGGCUCCCAGAUACUGAAACGAGGGAUAGGAAUCCAUGCCAGAGAUGGCUGUCUUUUCCUCAUUGAGAGAAGCUUACUAUUUCGAGAGUCUUUUUCUACCCUGAAAACAAUUUAAGGCUAACGGCACACCUACACAAAUCGCAGUGCUGAUUUCUAACAUUGAAUUGGGUAACAGCCUUCUUGCAUGCACUCAUUCUGAGAUGGUUUCAUGUCACAAGGUGGUUUUGAUCCCAUCGGAGAUUGUGGAUUGUAUACAAGCUGGAGUCAUAUACAUAAAUAUAUAGCUAUACACUCUAGGUAUAUACACAAAAAUAUAUAUAUAUAUAGCUAUACACUGAGUGU